CAUGUAUGUUUUGAAACGAUCCCCCAGGUAAGAAAAGCGCUCUUCAGUGUGAAGAUAGCUUCAGUCAGUGGAGAAGGAACAUGGCGAGCUGAACUUUUCGUAUGGGGCAGGGAACCUCCAUAACUCACGUAACCACGGUAACGGGCCAUCUGCUGAAAAAAAGGGGAUAUAACUGUAACAGAACUCAAAACAUUGAGCUUCUAGAAUAAGGAAACUGACCAGGGACUGCUAAAAAAUGGCAAACCCUAACUACAAUGACGGAGCGGAGCUGUUUCUGGACAUACUUACGAAGGAAGAGAGGGAAGCCCUUCUCACAAAGAAAAUGGAGGCCAUUCGUAAAAAGAAUGACAUGAUAAGAAUAAGACAUGAGGUAUACGAGGCCAAUGGCCACCAGAACAAACCAGAGAUCCAGGCUGACAAGUGGACCUCGGUCAGUCCUAACCACAAGGUGAUCGAGACUGGACCAGGCCCCCUGCCCACCAGGCAGCAGCCGGACAUGCCCCAGAGGGGCUCACAGUCUCCUAGAAAGGAGACCAGACCUCUCAACGGAGAGGAGAUCCGACAAGUUGACCACAGCGACCGCUCCGAUAGAUCCCCAGAGAAGAAGCCCCAAAAACUGACCACUGGACGUGGCAAACAGCUCGCUAGGAUGAGCAAAGAGAAGCUCAAGGUGCAGGAUAUCCAGAUCUCCAGGUCCCUCGGUGACGUGGGACAGUCGAGGUCGAUAUCUAUGCAUGACAACCACGACCCGCCAUACGGCAGGCAGGGGUCGUGGGGAAGCAAUGGGUCUGAUGGGUCUGCCACCAGGCACACUGAAGGAUUCGAGUCUAGAAUCUUUCGCAGACACGUUGAUAAGCAGGUGACCUUUGAGGAUGAGGGUCAGAGUUCCCCUCCCCGAGUGCAGCAGCGUGGCAAUAUUCAACCGUAUCAGAGAGGCAAUCAAAGACCAUUCCGACGCAGUUGGGAGAAUAACGGGGAAAGUGAUUUCCCGCCAGAGUUGAAAAACAAUCCUCUACUGAACAGUGGUAGAGGUGAGCAAGACCGCAACCGAGGCGGUGGGCCUAGCAACCAAUGGGAUCAGCAUGAUCGCCGCGGUAAUUUCUUUGCCAGUGAACGGGGGAACAGAGGUCGAGGUUUCAACCAAAAUGGACAAGGUUUUAGGAAUAAUAAUAAUAACAACAACAGGAGUGACUUCCAGAAUCAGAAUAGCUCUAACUGGGGUAACAGGAAUCAGAAUGGGAACCAACAAGCAGGUAACGAUUGGCCGAGACGAGACAGGAACGGUUUUGACAGGAGGGACAGAAAUGAUAUCUACGAUCGUAGAGAUAACUACCGUGACGCGAGGGAGGAGUACCGACAUGGUGGGAGGGGAGAGAACUCUAGACAGGCUGGCAGGGAAGAUGACUCAAGGCAGGGUUUUGAUAGACCCGGUCAAGGUCAGAGAGGUCAUGGGGUUGAGGAGACCCGGCCUUAUCAGCGCAGCGAGAGCAGAGAGGAUGGGCAUAGUUUUGGUCCGCCUCCCGACCCGCAGUACAACUUCCUGUCAGACCGCACCCGGGACAAGCCCCGUCUAGCGGCAGAAGCCAACAGGGAGAAGCGACUCUCCCAGGGGGAGAAGGAGAACAGGGGAGACCAGAACAACAACAACAAGGGGGAGGCAACGCGGAGACACCCCAAGAAUUUCGGAGGAACAGACUUCAAUAAUGUGAAGAGUAAGAUGAAGGAGGUGAAAGAGAGACAGGAAUCGCAGAGAUCACCGCCAAAGACGAAAAUGGAUCUGGCGAUGCAGAUGACGGGCAAGGAGCGACGUCAGUACUCAGACUGGAAAAACGAGCGCGAGAAAGUAGAUCAGGCUCGCGUGGACCGAUCUAAAAAUAAUAACACAGGCGAAUGGAGACGGGCAUGGGACGUGGAGAAACAAGAAGAAGCCCAGGAUGGUGCUUUACACAUGGAACCGGGACAACGCCCAGGUAGAUCGGGUCGUAUAGGGAGUGGUAGGUUUGAUCGGGGAGAGCGUGACGACAGACAGCGAGGGGACGCCCCUGGGUCCAUGAAAGUUGAAGACCCCAAUAGCAUGGACAGUUGCAUGAAGAAUGACCUGAGUUUAGACAAAGAUGACAAGGUCCCAGGGGUAGGAAGGGGACGUGGCCGAGGAAGGGGCAGAGGUCGUGGGCGUGGCAGAGCAAAGGAACGGGCCAGGACCAACUCAGACGAAACACGUAGAGUGGAAAAUAACAAUGACCUGCUGGUGAUCAAGAUAGAUAACUCUCCGGGAAAGAACAAGGAUUCCUCUGUCGAGGUGGAGUAUUCAGAUUCUGAGACACCCAUCAUCACAACACGCAAACCGGGUCAGCGACCUAAUUCGAUGGCAGGUAACCCGACGACUCCAGGGGAUAAGGACGAGCUCUGGUGGGACGAAGACUUUGAAGACAUUCCUCUGACCAGCACUGAGCCUGACAGUGCUGACGCUCAUAUCGAGGAGAUCCUCACUGAUCCACAGGAUGACGACUAUCACGACAGCCAGGAGCAGGGAGAGUUCAUUGAGGAUGGGCAGUUUGAAGACAUAGACGGUCUCCAUGGUAGCAGGACGGGGCCAGUGAGGGCCAGCCAGGUGAGUCAAGGGGACACUGACGAGUGGGAGGACUGUGAGACAGAGGAGUUCAUUGGCACUCAGGAGUCCAGUGAUAGUGCGAGCAACAAGGGAACAAAAAGUCCACACCAUUCCUUAUCACCGGAUGAUGCCCUGAGGCUGAAUAUGCAUGCAAAGAACCUGAAUCCUGAUGCUCCGGUGUUUACUCCCACAUCGCCACUGUCACCAGAGACGAUGAAGACCCCAGAGGGACAUGUCAAGGUGGUUGACUGGGCUGCAGAAAUGAAGACGCCUACGCCAGCCACCAGUCCAGAAAACAACAUACCUUUAUCAGGAAAAUCUGCGAGUCCUGUUUCGAAAGCAGUAAGCCCAACAAGCUCUAAGGGCGCCAAAACAGAGGGGACUUCUCAAGUCCAACCCAGAAGGAUUGAGAAGGAAUUUGUGUCUCCAGAUAAACCUCAAAAUGAUGUGCAAGUCAAGUGUGCAAAUGCAGAAGAAGCAAAGGAAAAGGUUGAAAAGGAUGAAAUUAACAAAGAUUCUGAUGAAUCUAAGAGCCUAUCAAAGGACUCGGAGGCUAACGAAGCCAACAAACCAGUUGGCAUAACCAGUACCAAUGUGGUUGCUGGUGAAAAAGAAGCCAAUGAAAUAGUUGGUGAAACCACUGCUAAUGAGGCAAGUGGUGAAAACACUGCAGUUGCUAACAGCGCUGCAGACAGCGAGAUAGAAAAGCAGAUGGCCAGCUCCGAUAACGCGGCUCAUGAUGUGAGCCAGGGCCCUUCAGAGGAGGAGAGGACCACCCAAGAGGCACCAAGGGCUGCUGAGGGGAAUAUAGGAGGGCCAGAGGAGCAGAACAGGGAACAUGGAAAACACAGUGCUGAAACUGGUGCUGAUGUGGAGGCAGCCAGUUAGAAACUAUUCGUGUUUGCAUAUGUUCAUCACAAAGACUGAUGAACAUCCUGGUCCAUAGAACUCAUAUUUCGUCAUCGUCAUGGUGUCUAUGGCCGGGCAACUGUUGCUAUAGAAGCAAGCUUUCACAACUUUCGCAAACAUCUUAUUGAGAAAUAUGUGAGAAUGAUGUGAAAUGAUGUCUUCUGUAACAUCAAAAAAGGAGUUGAUUUACUUAAUAAGUAAUGUAAAAUCCUAUUAUUUUAUAUUGAUUUCACAGAUUUACAGAUUUGUAUAGACAAGCCAAUAUCAUAGCGUAGUGUCAUUUAACAUUUCUAUUUAAUAUAAAUAAUAUUUAAUGUGGUCUUUGUUUGUUUAAUAACAGAUAUAUGAAAUGUUAUUUUAUUAAUCAUUCUUUGUAAAUUUUAUUUUCUAACAUCAUUUAAACGUCAUUUUGGUGAAUAGUUUUUGCUGCUUUAUGUGACUGAAUUGUCACUUUGCCAUCUUGCAUUUUUUGGGAUAAAAACAAUUUAAAUGAAGAAGGCCUAUAUGUCUAGCCCUUUUGUAAUGUUACUUCUGAUAUUGAUUGUUAUUUACAAUUUUUACUUAAUGAUUGAUAAAAUUGUGUGUUGUUGAACCACUUGUUGCCAAAACUCUUUGAUAUUCUAUUUAUUUUGUUCUUUCUUGUUGGCUUUGGUGUAACGUAAUCUGUCUUCCAUUUGUAUUCAGUCAAUUUUAGUGUUUAUGAGUCGCGUUUUGAGAAAAAUGGGCAUAAUGCAUUUGCGUAAAGUGUCGUCCCAGAUUAGCCUGUGCAGUCCACACAGGCUAAUCAGGGACAACAUUUUUCGCUUUUACUAGAUUUUCAGUAAAAAGGGACUUCCUUUAAACAAAAAAUACCAUUAAAGCAGAAAGCGUUGUCCCUGAUUAGCCUGUGCGGACUGCACAGGCUAAUCUGGGACGACACUUUACGCACAUGCAUUAUGCCCGGUUUUCUCAGAACACGACUCAUUAGUUGUUUUUAUCUUAUGAUGACAUAUUUAGAAAACUGAUUGUAUACCAUUGUUUUUAUAAUUGUGAUAUGCUGUCCUUUAUUUAAAAAAUGAACAGUUUUUGACCUUCACCUUUUUAUUAUAAGGAUUAAAAUACAUCCUGUGUCCAUGGGCACUUAUUCAAUGUUAAAACAAAUAGUUUGUAAUUUGCAACCAAGCACAGAACAUUUGAUUUGGUUAUUUGUGUCGGUUAAAACAGAAAUCUUGCGUUAUAAAACAGAAAUCUUGCGUUAUGAUACUUAUAUAUAUUUUUAUGAUUGAAAUUUUUUAUAAUACUUAUAUAUAUUUUUAUGAUUGAAAUUUUUGUUGUAGUUUAUUUCCCGUUUCAUAAUGCAUUCAAGCUUUCAUGUGAAGCUGAAUUUGAUCACCUUACAUUAGGGGAUGGUGUUUUAUGGGAGUUCAACAAAAUCUUCUGAUACUUAAUGUUAUUUUGAGAUGCCAGUAAUGAUAAUAGUCACCCAAAUACAUUUGUUAUAAUUUCAAUUAUUUCAAAACUAAAUUAUUACUGCUUUUGAAAAUGGUUGUCUGAAUGGUUUUGUGAUGUAUAAGGUACAUUUGUUUUGAUAUUUGCCUUUGCAUGUUUUAUCCACAGGAGGUUUGAACAAAUUAAAUGAACAUUUACAUUGUUUGGGUUAAGAAUUAAUGUCAAUGUUGUUUAAGGCACAGAAUGUUUUAAAUGUUGUGAAGCUGAGGCAAUGAACAAUGGUACAUAUCAAGUAUAAAGGAAUUGUGUAUCUUUAUUUUGAGAGUUGAAUGUGAUACUCAAGUAUCUGCAUAUUAUUUCUAUUUCUUAUACAAAGUUUUUGCACUCACUCCACAAUUUGUGCCUUAGCACCGUAGCUGAUCUGAAGAACAUUUUGAUGUUGUUACAGUGUUAUGUGUAGUGCCUAGCUUUAAAAUUUAAUUUCUAUUUAUUUAUUCCCCCAUUUUAAGUUUAAUUUAAAACGGCUUAAAAUUGAAGUUUUUUGCAGUUUAAGUGUGUGCCCCCUAAGUUCAAUAGCAGUGUGUUGUAGGAUCUUAUAGCAGUGUGUUGUAGGAUCUUAUAGCAGUAACCUUGGUGUACUGUCAAGCUGUUGUGUAUCUAAAGGCAUCAACAAUGCAGUUAUUUGGACUCAUCCAUUAUUUACUUAAUUUUUAAGAACUAUUUUUCAAUCAUACAUUUAUUGCUAAAACAGAAUUUUUAGUAUGCUUGUUACCACGUUUUUUCAUCC